AGAAGUUUCUCAAUAUUGAGCAUAUACCCUAUCUUUCUGGUCCACAAAGUCUCUGACUUCCACGGACAGUUCCUCCAGUUUGCUCUUUAGGAACCUAAUACUUCUUGGAGAUUUGUGUUAAACAGUGACAGUUCAAGUUUAGUGCAGUUGAGUCUAUAAGGUAGUGGCCACAGUAGCUUCUCCAUUGCCACACUGAGUAACUACAGAAGGUGGUGUGUAUACAGGUCUACAAUAAAACUUCAGAAGGACCACUCACCAGAAUCCAAUAUUAAGAACCAAUUUCUCAAAACAUUGUAAGUCCCUGGAGCAGGAAAACACUUUCAAAAUCUACAAAGCCAGUGUGUGUUAUUUUGAACUGAUCAUCUUCCUGAGGAAAGGAGGCUGAGGUGCUACACAGGAUGUUUGUGAUUAACGAACCCCAGAAGCUGCAACUUCUGUAUGAAUCUUUGGAAAAGAGCAUCCCUGAGUCCUUUAAGGUGUAUGGUGCCAUUUUCAACAUUAUAAAUAAAAACCCAUUCAACCUGGAGGUGUUAGUGGAUGCCUGGCCAGAUUAUCAGAUAGUCAUUACUCGGCCUAAGAAAGAGGAGAUGACAGAUGAUCUGGAUCAUUAUACCAAUACUUACCACAUCUUCACCAAAGCUCCUGACAACUUAGAAGAAAUCCUGGCAUGCUCCCAGGUUAUCAACUGGGAACAAGCCUUCCAGAUCCAAGGUUGCCAAGAGGAUCUGAAUGAGACAAUAAGAAAGGUUUCAGCUUCAAAAUCAGUGCAGGUGGAUUACACGAGGACCAUGCUCUUCUCAUUAGGAACACCACUGGAAUUCAAGACAUUAAGUAAUGGCAAAGAGAAUUUGACACAGAUGUUUAAAUUGUCCAAAGUUGAUGAAGCUAGCAGGGAAGAAAACGUUUCAAGCGUCUUCUUGGAUACCUCACAUGCAAGGCUUGUGAAUGAGCCAUGGAAAUUUGGAAAAAAUGAAAGGAGCUUGAAAUAUGUUGAACGCUGCCUCCAGAAUUUCCCAGCAUUUGGUGUCCUGGGUCCAGAGGGGCUCCCUGUCUCUUGGGUUGUGAUGGAACAGUCCUGUGAGCUGAGGAUGGGCUAUACGGUCCCUAAAUAUCGACAACAAGGCAACAUGGAGCUAAUUUAUCAUCACGUGAGAGAGUAUCUUAUUCAGAAAAAAAUACCAUUUUAUUUUCAUGUGGCAGGAAGUAAAGAAAUUAUUGUACAGAAACUGAUAAGUUUUGGAUUUAAGAGCCACCCUUGUGGCUGGCAUCAGUGGAAAUGCAACCCCAAGAAAUAUUGCUGAUUGGUGCCAUUGUCCAUUUAAGCCUUUCUUAUCAGUGGAAAUGCAUCAGUACAAAUACACAAAAAGCAUCCAAUUAUCUGGGGUCCAUACAUUACUUCAGCCCAUCCUUAUGUAAUACUUUAGUCUUCCUUCUCCUUCAUAUUACAGAAAAUUAGAAGCUUGACCCUUUGAGGCCAUACUUUUCCUUUAUGGUGACAGACAUUUCAGAAUUAUUAUUGCCUGAUGACAAUCAUUAGUGUCAAGAGAACCCUUUCAAAGCAGUAUGUCCUUCUUUGAAGAAGCUAUCUUUUGUGAAAAGAAUCAUGUUUUUUUUAUGCUUCUGUGAUUGAAAAUAAAAAGUCUGCUUUGA